AUUGAAAUUUCUUUUCAUAAAUUUCACAAUUUAGUUUCCUUUAUUCACAACAAGAGUUUGCAAUUUCAUCAAAAAUUCAAUAAUUUAAAGUUUAAUACGUCGUUUCAUAGUUUCAUUCAAUUUUGAUUUACUUAAUCAAGACAAUAGAAUGUCAGGCAGCAGUAAUGCUACUCCAUGGGGGAAAAUCACUAAACCACCAACAGAAUCAAUGAAUUUUGCAGCUAUAGUGCAGCAAGAAAAACAAAUGAAGUUGGCAAAUGAACGGGAAAGACAAAAAUUAACUGAAGAGCAAAGCGUUGAGGAAGCCAGAAAACAGGAACAGUUGGAUGAAUUGCAUAAUAAUAUCUCAAGAGGAGAUUUUGAGGCCAAUUUGCCACCCGAAGUUUUAGACUUUCUUAAAUUAGAAGAAGAAGAGUUGGCUAUAACAGAGGCAACUGGCUUGAUAGAUUGUGAAUCGGAUGCGGUAAUAGCACAAAUGUUACAAGCCCAAUUUGACCGUGAAUACAAUGACGAUUUAAACCGAAUUGAAAAGGCUAAGAAUAAACAAUCCAAAAUAACGCUGUCCUUGGAAAAAUACAGAAAACCCUAUUUACGCGACGUAGGAGAGGAGCUAGAAGAUGAUUUCGCAGAAAGACACGAAUUUUUGAAAGAGAAACGUGAUUGGGACAGAUUUGAGUCGAAUGAACGAUUGCUGGAAGCCAUUCCUAAAUGCGGCUACACUUUGGACGACGAAGGAGAAAUGAUCACUAAACACGACGCUAAUUUGUGUGGAGUGCGUAAUGCCUGUCGUAUGAUGUCUUUCCCUUUGGAAGUGGCUACCGGGGAUGGUGCAGGUUUCGACAUGAAAUUGUCCAAUAGCGUCUUUAAUCAAUUGAAAACUCAUGCUCGUAAAGGCCAUAAAAAAAACCGAAUGCAAGAUCGCAAGGAUAAUGUGGCUACUGCAGAAAAAGGUGUUGAUGGUCGUACACGUUUGCUUUUAUAUAAGCUAAUUAAUAAUCAAGUUUUGGAACAAAUUGAUGGCAUUAUAUCCACUGGCAAAGAAGCUGUUAUUUUGCAUGCUUAUUCCAAUCCAAUCUUUGCGGGCUGUGAUCCGAAAUUACCAAAAAUUGUGCCAAAAGAAUGCGCUGUUAAAAUUUUUAAAACAACACUUAAUGAUUUUAAACAACGCGAUCGUUACAUCAAGGACGAUUAUCGCUUCAAGGAUCGUUUCAAUGUGCGUUUUAGCAAACAAAAUAAUUUCAUCAUUAUAAAUAUGUGGGCUGAGAAGGAAAUGUUUAAUUUGAUGCGUAUCAAGAAUGUGGGCAUAAAUUGCCCCGAUGUGGUUAUAUUAAAAAAACAUGUACUGGUCAUGUCAUUUAUCGGGGAUCAAAAUAGGGCAGCUCCGAAACUAAAAGACGCUUCACUUAGUUACAGCGAGUGGUGUGUAGCUUAUGAUGAGGUUGUUGAGGCCAUGCAUAAACUCUUCAAUGAGGCCAAGUUAGUGCACGGUGAUUUGAGUGAAUACAAUAUUUUAUGGCAUAACGGCAAGUGUUGGUUUAUUGAUGUGGCUCAAUCCGUCGAGCCCCACCAUCCCAAUGCUUUAGAAUUUUUGAUGAGAGAUUGCAACAAUAUUAUAACGUUUUUUGCGAGAAAAGGUGUACACAACCACUCCAAAGAACAAUUAUUUGAAUAUAUCACUUCAUUAAGUGCUGAAAAUCUUAACGUUGCUCUCUUGGAACGAAUGCACACUAAAGGCGCCAAUGUAUGUUUGGCUACGGCUCCAAAUCGGGACGAGUGCCCUUUGGAACGGGAACCGUUGGAAUACCCGUUCGACUUAGUCUGGGAAAAUACAGUUCAAAGCAAGCUGGAAAUUCGGGUUAUUGACCAAGCCGCCAACGUUCUAAAUGUUAUACAACCGGCGGAUUGUCGUAUUCAAGCAUCAUUAAAUGAAGUUUUUAAUGAGUCGUCUGUUACUGCUUCUGCAGUUAAUACCCUAUCUAACACUGCCAACAUUUAAAUGUUUUUGAGGAUUUUGGAAAAUAAAAUUGUAGAAACACUUUUUAUAUAUAAAAAGAAAUACAAAAA